AUGGAGCUGCGUUUGAGACAACUUCACAGCUGGACACUUGUGCUGCUGAUGAUGUUGAACCUGCUCCUGUGGGAGAAAGCUGCAUCAAAUCCCGAGUGCCACACCGAAGUUUGGGACUGCUGGGAGCCCCUUGUGGAAACCUUUAACAGUGCCAUCAAUCGAGCUCAAACCAUCCAUAAUCUUGUUGAGCAAAUCCAGCAGGAGUUUUUCCACAAUGAAUUCUCUUCCAGACCAUUUACGACUAUACUUGUACAAUUGAUGAGGAGUAAUCAGACUGUUUACAGGGCAAGAACACACUGCCACACUAAUAUCAUGAACCCUCCAGUUCAUGGAAUUGAACACAUAAAUAUAAGAACCAAAAAAUAUUUAAAAAUGUUGAUCAAUUAUGUGGGUGCCUGGAGCAGCCCUCUAUUCCAUCUAGCGAUUGAAUUGAGUGCCAUGCCAGCUGUCCCUGAAACUAUUCUUUCAAAAGCCAAUGAGAUUGAAAAGAACAACAAAGAACUCCUGGAUGACCUUAGGUGGAUACUCACCGAGGCCUAUCAUACAGCAAAGAUAAUGGAAAAAUUCCCUACCUGGGAAUAUCUUCCAUUCAUAAAAUCAAAUAACAACAGCGAUAAAUUUUUGGCGAUGUUUAACCUUUCCUUCUGCCUACGCACUGGUGUAUUCCACACUGUAAAUCAUCUCAAAACAUUGAAGUGUCGAAUAACUGGGAAAGAUUGCUAA